GGAACUAGAGGGCGUGGAAAUGAGUUGAACGAGCAACUCGAUGGGUAUCAGGCUUCGGACGGAUCGGCACAUAGCGAGUCUCUGGCAAGUACAGGUUUCGCGGAUGACGAGGGAAUCGAGAACCCUGAGGAGUGUGCAGAAGACGUCGACUGGCUCGAGGACAUUGAUGUUGACUUCGACGAGCUUUUCGCAUCGGGCUUUUUCGCAUCUUUGCCAGAUUGCAUCUUCGAUCACUCCAACGACCCCGACGGAAAAUUGGCAGAGAUGCUGAAAGAAGUCGACGCAUGGAACAAGACGCACAACGGCCCAGAUGGAUCACCCGAAGAGGAUACUCACACCAACACUGCCCCUAACGAAUCCUACACACACGCAGUCGACCCAUUCACCCCCGAGAUCUGCAAAGCAGACCUGAUCCGAUGUCCUAUUCCCAUUCCUACACCAGAAACCGACAUCCUAGCCCACUUCUCCGAAGAAUACGCGCGCUCAAUCCGCCUGCUCAAAGUGAAAUACCGCUGGUAUCACACUUCUCCCUCAGACUGGCAUAGAGAAGUCACGACCCUCAUCUCCGCCAUCGACAACAAAGCCAACGGCCUGGAACCCUGGCUACCGUUGCACAGAUGGCUUGCACUGUGCUACCGCCUCAUGCAAGGAGUUACCGGGCGCGAGCGCUACAAAACCAAGGAUUUUCUGUUGAAGAAACUGGAAGCGAUGGCUAGGAUGAGGAUGAAGGAGAACAAG